AUGCCACAAGAAGUCGGGGAAGAUAUCCAGGAGCAGAUCCAGGAAAUAGCCAAUAGGAUUCUAAAGAGUGUUAAGGACCUAGAGACACUAGAAAUAUAUGCAGAGCAGCCAAGCAAAGUACACCUGGCCUUCAAAACAGACAAAUCGGAUAACAUUCCCUCAUUGGUGGGUUUUUUAGAUGACAUUGAUCAAGAGAUGGAUCCAGAAGAAGGACUGAAAAGAAGCUUGUGCGAAUCUGAGUUUAUUUACAAGAAUGAGAAGUACACCUUUAAUAGGAUAACAUCCAUAACUGAAGACUUCAUUUCGGUUAUUCUAAUAUCCCGGGACCCAAUCAAUGGCUACAAGAGAGGUCUAAUAUUGUUUGUGGAUGCAUCGGGAGUGGUAGUUAUUGCGACAUGCAAAUCCGAUGUUCUUAGGCAGUUCAAUUUGGAUUUAACAUCGAUUUUAGACCCAAGCUAG